AUGAACGCCGGCAUCCACAGCGAAGACUCGCGCCGACCCUCCUCCGGUAGCAUGCGCAGAGACGUCGAGCGCGCCCGCCGCCGCUCCAGCAUCCGCAUGAACCUCAACCUCAACGACCCCGCCAUGCCCGCCCCCGGCGAAAUGCAGCAGAGCCCCUCUGCCCGCACCAGAGGCCCGUGGCCCCAGAGCCCCCACCACGAGCGCACCCCCAGCCUGGGCGAGCUGCACCAGGAGCUCGAGGCCGAGCAGGAGGGCCAGGUCAACCGCCUGCUCAGCAUGAUCCGCACCCAGCAGGCCCAAAUCAACGCCCUCCAGGCCAACCACCAACACGCCGCCUCGGCCUCGGCCUCGGCCGUCGUCGACGAUGGCACUCCCACCUCGGAGCGCGACAUGUCCAUCCCCCCCUCGCACACGCACUCUGCACACAUGUCGCCCUUGCCCUCGGCCGCCCAGCCCCGCUCCCGCUCUCCCUAUGGCUUUGCCUCCAUCAGCCGCCAGUCGUCGUUUGCAGACCGCUCACGCCACAGCAGCCAUGCCGGCUCGCCCUCGCUGCGUCCCAUUUCUGGACACGCCGGCUCCUACGACCCCCACGACAUGCUUCCCAGUCCCGCCGCACGAGACGAGAGCGCCUUUUACCAGGCCGAGACACAGAAUCUGACGCGCGAGAACCAGAUGCUCAAGCUGAGGAUAAGAGAACUAGAGCGCCAGCUAGCAGAGCAAAACCCCACGGCCCACGUCACGCAUUCGCCCACGAUACACUCGAGUCUUGCGCCUACACCCAGUCGAGAAGGCACAGAUCAGGCUAGCCAACAAGGC